CGCGCGCGCCGCGCACCUCGCGUCACCUGGACCACCACUAGUGCAACAAGCGCGAACUUUCAAAGACUUACUACGACUACUUGAGUUUUAUUAUUUAUUGAGUGGACUGAUUGUUCUGUGACAAAAUGCCGAAGAAUAUCUUAGCCGAGAUGGGGUCCCAAGUGGGCCUCACACCCCGGCAGAACAAAAAGGAGGCAGAAGAAUGGGCUCGGCGGCAGAGCGGACCUAUGGUCAACCCGUCGUUCGAGCCGGACGACUUUCUUCCCCAGAGCCUAUCACCGGUAAAGGAUGAGAAGAAGAGGCCGGGAGACAAGAGCAUCUUCCUCGUUAACAUGAAGGAGAAGAAUAUCCCUGAGGUGGAGGAGUAUGAACCUUAUGACAACAGAGUCGUGGAUCACCCCACCACGAACAUGGAAACCUUUCUGCAUCUGAUGAAGGGCAGUUUGGGGACUGGGAUUUUGGCUAUGCCGAAAGCCUUCUCCAACGCUGGUUACGUGGUGGGCUCCGUCGGGACGGUGAUCAUUGGCGUCCUUUGCACGUACUGCAUACAUAUCCUGAUAGACUCAUGUUACGUCCUGUGUAAGAGAAGAAAAGUGCCUUCACUGUCGUACACGGCCGCUGCAGAAGCCGCACUCCUCGAGGGGCCCGACUGGUGCAAAGCAUGUGCACCGUAUGCAGCGCACGUCGUGAACGCUUUCCUACUGGUGUACCAGAUAGGAACCUGCUGUGUGUACGUGGUGUUUGUGUCAGAUAACAUUUACUUCGUGCUUACAAAGCAUUUUGGUAUAGAAAUAACCGUUUUUCAAGUGAUGUUAUGUGUUCUCCUACCGCUGAUACUCAUCAAUUGGGUGCGGGACCUGAAGUAUCUCGCUCCAUUCUCCGCCAUCGCCAACGCGGUGACCAUCGUGAGCUUCGGAAUGAUUCUAUACUACAUCUUCAGAGAUACGCCCACUCUGGAAGGCAAGGUCCCCGCUGGAAAACUGGCCAACUUCCCACUGUUCUUUGGAACUGUACUCUUUGCACUUGAAGCUAUUGGUGUGAUCUUGCCCCUUGAGAACGAGAUGAAGACACCGCGAGACUUCGUGGGCAAGUUCGGAGUGCUAAAUUGCUCCAUGAUCAGCAUCAUCGUGUUGUACGUAGGCAUGGGGCUGUUCGGCUACCUGCAGUACGGAGACGAGUCUGCAGGCAGCAUUACACUCAACUUGCCUAAUACAGAAAUUCUUGCCAACGUCGUCCAAUGCCUGCUUGCCUUCGCAAUCUUUAUCACCCAUGGCCUGGCCUGCUACGUUGCCAUCGACAUCCUGUGGAAUGAGUACAUCGGCAUCCGAAUGCUGAACAACAAGCAUCGGCUCAUUUGGGAGUACCUCUUGAGGACCGUCAUCGUACUGUUGACUUUCGGUAUCGCAGCCGCCGUCCCAGCUCUGGAAUUGUUCAUCUCACUGUUCGGAGCGCUGUGCCUGUCCGCUCUCGGCUUGGCCUUCCCCGCCCUGAUCCAGAGCUGCACUUACUGGUACUACGUGUCAAGGUCGGAACGCAUCCGAAUGAUCGUCAAGAACGCCAUCGUUGUGCUGUUCGGAGCUCUUGGACUUGUCGUAGGCACAUGGACCUCACUUGAACGCAUCAUCGCUACGUUUGGCACUAGCGUCAUUGAAACUGCGUCGAACCACACCAUGGCCCAAAACGAAACGCUAACACCCUGAAGUUCGACAGCCGAGAGCGUUGAUCCACUCUCGCACAGUGCCAUCGCGGAAUCCCGCAUUGUACAAUGCAGCGAUUCCUGUUAGGUACCUACACAAUUCGUUACAUAGAUUAUUUUAUAAGUAUUUUUUGAUUGACGUUUUCCAUGCAAACGUUAACGAUAAGAGAUGUAUUAUGACUUGUUGAUAUUGUUAAUCUUAAGACAGCUUUAUUAUAGAUGUAGGAUCACGGAGGAGAAAAGACUAGCGGAGAUGCCCUAACGAAAAAUCUCCUAACAAAGCAGCGCGCCAAAAUUCGGGUGAGCGGGGGACGAGGAACGUUACUGUCUCCACCCGUGCUCCACCCUUAUACGC